AACGCUCAGUUGCACACCUACUACAGUCGCUGACAGUUGAGCGCAACUUCAAUAAAUCUAAACAGUUUCAAGUACAAAAUACAAAAUCGUCAGCAGUUUAAGGGCAAACACAGUGCGGUGUUAGAAAAAAAGUGAUUGUAGUUUUAUUUAUUAUUCAACCAUGUCGAAUAUACGUGCCUUAACACCGGAGCUGGCCAAACGGGCGCAGGAGGAGCUAGGCGAAGUGCCCGAACGCAUUGAUGCCGAUAUACAACAACUACGCGAUUGGAUACUGAAGCAACCACAUCUCACAGCACGCGCAGAUGAUCAGUUCUUGGUUGCUUUCCUGCGCGGUUGCAAAUACAGCGUGGAGAAGGCGAAACAUAAGCUGGACAAUUACUAUGCAAUGCGUGGUGCUGUGCCGGAAUUGUAUAAAAAUCGUUUUGUUAAUGAUGCCGCUAUAGACAUACUACAUUCUGGCGUUUACCUACCGCUACCAACACCCAUAGCACCGGAUGGCCCACGUAUUCACAUCUCACGCUAUGGCGUUUUCGAUAGUAGUAAAUAUUCCAUGAGCGAUAUUAUCAAGGUGCGCACAAUGCUUGGCGAUAUACAAUUCCGUGAAGAUGAUAAUGCCAUGGUUAUGGGCUUUUUGGAGGUGAUAGACUUUAAAGGUGUCGGCCCGGGACAUAUUUUCCACUUUAAUGCGGUUUUGGUGAAAAAAAUUGCCGUUUUGGGUGACAAAGCAUGGCCUUAUCGCCCCAAAGGUUUUCAUUUUGUCAACGUCAAUUCGAGUUGUGAGAAAAUUAUGAGUCUCGCGAAGGGAAUGAUGAGUGAUAAGAUUAAGAAGCGCUUCCACAUACAUUCGAAUUUCGAGUCUCUCUACGAGCAUAUACCGAAGGAAUGCCUACCAGCUGAAUAUGGCGGCUGCAAUGGCACACUGGCGGACGGCAUCAAAGAGUGGGAAACUAAAUUACUUAAUUAUAAGCAAUAUUUUGAAGAAGAUGCCAAAUAUGGUACAAAUGAAAAAUUGCGACGUGGUCGUCCUGUUAACUCCGAAUCGCUUUUCGGCAUCGACGGCUCAUUUAGAAAAUUAGAUAUUGAUUAGUGUAUUUGUUUGUUGUUUCUAUUAUUUUUAAAAUGAGAUUUUUACUUGUCCUUUUUGUAUAUAUUUGUUAUACAAUUAAGAUAAUUCAAGAAGUUUGUGAAAUUCACAAUAUUUGCUAUAAAGUGUGUAUGAAAUGUACAAAAUAUAAAAAUAUUGAAAUAAAUGUGUAAAUUUUUAGAACAAUUGA